GUCACCAGUCCUUCACCAACCACCACACGGAGCACUUGGUCACUACUGCUGUUUAAUAGUGUUUAUUUUACGUGUUGAAAUAUAAGAUUACAUUUGAGGUUUUAAAAGCAAGAUCCACUAUGGGGAAGAAGGAGUGCUUCUCGCCCGGAGGAGGCGUUAUAUGUAUGGUUCUACUUAUGUGUAUUGGUUCUAUUGCCUCUCAUCCAUCUAACGACUCAAACUGUUUUAAAACAUCGCGAAAGGUGUGCGUGGAUCCAGAAGAUUGCUGCAAGUUCAAAGAGUCUACCCAAGAAUUUGACGAAUGUUGUAAGGAACAUGGCUGCUGCCCUACCAACUGUGAAGACAUUGAAGGCGCUGUUGGCGAGACCUGCAACAUGGCUUCAUCGUGUUGCAGAUUUCCACCACAGUCUCGGCAGUUCCAGUACUGUUGCAACCUCUUCGGAUGUUGCCCAGUCUGCCAAGACUUUUCAACAGGAUGCUGCUACAAUGGAGCCAUGUAUCAGUGGGGCGCCACAGUGGAGGAAUUCCCUGAUCGCUGCCUGGGUCUGGUGUGUGCAGCAAAAGCCAGUGACGUAGAGCCAUUUUUCGCUGCCGUUAUUGUUCCAGUUAAACUGCCCUGUGGAGAACACUUGGUGUGUCAAGACACGUUGAACUGCGUAGACCAGACGGGUCUGCUACAGGCUGAGGGCGCCACAUGGCACCCUGACGAAUGUAGCGAGUGUAGCUGCAAGAAUGGCAUCGUAGAGUGCCAGGACACGGUACAGUGUCCUGUCCCACUUCACGAACACUGUAUACCAAUCCCCAGACCGUGCUGCCCUCUGUGGAAUUGUUCAGCUUACUCUAGUGGUUGCGUUGAUGACUUUGGUCAAAGCCACGAAUUGGAAAGUUCGUGGUACUCUACUCCGUGCUUCUACCAUACUUGCACAACAACUGGCAUAGUCACUAGAAUAGAAGACUGUGCGAACCCAGAACCACCUCAUCCUGACUGUGACCUUAUCACUCCAGAUGGUGAAUGUUGUCCUCAAUGGCACUGUAGAGGGUGUACAGAUACUGAAGGGAACUACCAUGAGCUUGGUCAAGAGUGGCCUGGGAGUGAUGAUCCCUGCACGAGCUUAAAGUGUACUUCGUACGGCAUAAAAAAGAAUAAUGUGAUUUGUGUAGAUGAUAAUCCUCCUCAUUCUGGCUGCUUCGCCUACACGCCCGUGGGAGACUGUUGUCCAAAAUGGAACUGCAGUGGCUGUGUAGACGAAAAUAUGAACUACUAUGCAGUAGGUGAAGAGUGGGCGACUACUGAUCCGUGCAUAGUUUUCCAAUGCACAGUACUGGGAAUACAGUUGAAAACAGUUAGUUGUGCAGCAACUGGUACACCGUUUCCUGGCUGUAAAGCUUACAUUCCGGAGGGAGAAUGUUGUCCAAAGUUCAACUGCAGUGGUUGCGUUGAUUCUACCGGUCAUCACCAGUUGUUUGAGGUGUGGCAGACUGAUCCCUGUACCACACACUUGUGUACCAAGACUGGCAUACAGACUAAGCGUGAAGAGUGUAGCUUGGGUGUAAUCCCUCAUCCCACCUGCACAAAGUAUACUCCUCCUAACAAAUGCUGUCUGGAAUGGAAUUGCACGGGAUGCUUUGAUAGUGAAAAUAACUUCCAUGAAAUAGACAGCAAAUGGAAACGACAAGAUCCUUGUUUAAUUUUUAAGUGUACUAAAGGUGGAAUAAGUAUGGAACGGGUCAACUGUACGAAAGUUACCAAGCCUCAUCCUGGCUGCUCGGAACAUACUCCAGAGGGAGAAUGUUGUCCAGUCUGGAAAUGCAGUACCUGUAUCGAUGACGAGGGUGUACAUCACUCCCUGUAUGAGGUGUGGCAACCUGACCCUUGUACCACAAACUUCUGCACGAAAACUGGUAUACAGUCUACACGAGAGACGUGUGAGCUAGGACCUGCGCCCCACCCAAGCUGUCAAAUGAUUAUUCCUCCAGAAGAAUGUUGUCCAGAGUGGCACUGCAGAGCCUGUUCAGACUCGAGCGGGGGUUACCACGAGAUUGGUAGUGAAUGGAGUUCGGAAGAUCCAUGUUUGAAGUUCGUGUGUACGGAAUCUGGAAUAAUAAUCAAACGCUUGUUGUGCACACGCAUCGAGAGGCAUCACUCCAGUUGCUAUGAAUAUAAACCUAAAGGAGAGUGCUGUUUUAAAUGGAAUUGCAGUGGUUGCAUAGACGACACUGGUGCUGAUCAUCCAUUGUACGACUUGUGGAAGACGGACCCGUGUACCACCCACUACUGCACGAAGACUGGAAUCGAGACUACUCGAGAGACUUGUGAACUUGGUCUAUCGCCCCAUCACUCUUGCAAGAUAUUUACACCCCCUGGAGAAUGUUGCUCAGAAUGGCAGUGCAGUGCAUGUGUUGAUGGCAGUGGAAAGUACCAUGAACUAGGACAAAAAUGGCGCACAGGUGAUCCUUGCUUGGUUUACUUCUGCACUGAUAAAGGAAUAAGCAUAAUACGCUCACAAUGUGAAGACUCUCCAGCUCCUCACCCAGAUUGCUACAAGUAUACUCCAAAAGGAGAGUGCUGCCCCAAAUGGAACUGCAGUGGCUGCGUCUUCGAAGGUGUGUACCACCCGUUGUAUGACGUGUGGAAGUCUGACCCGUGCACCACCCACACGUGCACAACAAGGGGCGUGAACACCUCCAGGCAGGACUGUGAACACCAGCCGGCUCCUCAUCCCACCUGCAGGAGCGUUAACCAUGUGGGACAGUGUUGUCCAGCGUGGGAAUGCAGUGGCUGUCUGAUGAACGACGUGAUGCACAAGAUCGGUGAUAACUGGACCUCAGGAGACCCUUGUAUGGUCUUCCUGUGCACUGUGGAUGGAAUAAAGGUGAAUCGCAUAAAUUGUACGAAGCAGACUGCUCCUCAUCCUGGGUGUUCUCUAUAUACGCCAGUGAAAGAGUGCUGCCCCAAAUGGAACUGCAGUGGCUGCGUUGAUGGCGCCGGAAAGUUUCAUCAGUUGUACGACCUGUGGAGGACUGACCAUUGUACCACACACUUCUGUACCAAGACUGGCAUAGAGACUAGGCUCAAAGACUGUCAUCUAGGACCAGCGCCUGAUGCCAGUUGUGUAGAGGUUACUUCGCCAGGAGAAUGUUGUCCUAGAUGGCAAUGCAAAGGUUGUUUGGAUAGAGAAGGCAAAUAUCACCCUAUUGGCCAGGCCUGGAGCACAGAGGACCCCUGCAUGCGCCUCGUCUGUACCCUAGGAGGAAUAAGUAUUGAACAUAUUAACUGUACGGCCGCAUCCCGUCCGUAUCCUGACUGCUUCGAAUACACGCCAUUAGGCGACUGCUGCCCCAAGUGGAACUGCAGUGGCUGUGUUGCUCCUAAUGGAACAUACCACUCCUUGUAUGAUGUCUGGAAGACUGAUCUCUGUACUACACAAAUGUGCACAAAGACUGGCAUACGCACUACGAAGGAAAACUGUACAUUGGGACCUGCCCCUCACUCCACUUGCGAGAGAUCUACUCCUCCAGGAAAGUGCUGCCCGGAAUGGAAUUGCAGGGGAUGUCUGGAUUCAACGGGAAAGUACCAUGAUCUUGGUACAGAAUGGAGUACAGCGGAUCCUUGCAUGCUUCUAGUGUGCACUGUAGGUGGCAUCGUUCCAAGAAUAAUGGCGUGUGUAGAUAAACUAAAACCUCACCCUGACUGCACUAAAUAUGUACCUGUACUAGAGUGCUGUUCUAAGUGGAACUGUAGUGGUUGCACGGAUUAUAAUGGAACAUACCGACCCUUGAACCAUGUAUGGAAGCCUGAGCCGUGUACUACAGAAGUGUGUACGGAGGAGGGCAUAAAGACUACCGUGAAAAAAUGCGACUUGGGACCAGCUCCUCACGAAGACUGCCAGCAGUACACUCCUCCGGGUGACUGCUGCCCCGACUGGAAGUGCAGUGGCUGUAUGGACGACCUUGGAACAUACCACAAGUUAAACGAAGUGUGGCACAGUGAUCCCUGUACAACGAACAAGUGCACAAACUCUGGGAUAACCACUACAGUGAAAGACUGUCACCUGGGACCUGCUCUUCACCCAACCUGCAAGAAGUAUACUCCUCCUAAGGCAUGCUGCCCUGAAUGGAAUUGCACUGGUUGCACAGAUGGGUACGGAACGUAUCACCCUUUGCACGAUAUCUGGGAAAGUGGUCCCUGCACGACAAAUAAGUGUACAAGCCAAGGCAUCAACACUACCGUCAAAGAAUGCAACUUGGGACACCCUCCCCACGUUGAUUGCCAGCAGUAUACUCCCUCAGGGGACUGCUGCCCUGAAUGGAAGUGCAGUGGCUGCACAGACAACAAUGGCACCUACUACCAACUACACCAGGUAUGGGAGAGUGAUCCCUGCACUACUCGUACUUGUACGACUGAUGGCAUAAAAACUAAUGUUAAAUAUUGUGGGCUGGAACCGGCGCCUCAUUCUACUUGUCAAAAGGUUACACCUUCAGGAGAGUGCUGCCCUGAAUGGAGAUGCAGUGGGUGUACAGAUAACGGUGGAAAGUACCAUCCUUUGUACCAUGUCUGGAGCAGUGAUCCCUGUACAAAUCACACUUGUACAAUCGAUGGUAUAGAGACUGUUGUGAAAACUUGCUACACGGGUCCCGCUCCACACCAGAGCUGCCAGAAGUAUACUCCCCUAAAAGACUGCUGUCCUCGCUGGAGGUGUAGGGGCUGUUUUGACUUCGACGGAAUAUUCCACGACCUUGGCGAGAGGUGGAGUACAGAUGAUCCAUGUGUGUUUCUCGUAUGUACGGAGAAGGGAAUUUCGAGAAAUGUUACAGAAUGUGUAGACUCCAGCCCUCUGCAUCCUGGCUGCUUUAAGUACAAGGCUUUAGGAGAGUGCUGCUCUAAGUGGAACUGCAGUGGCUGUACAGAUGCCAAUGGGACACAUCAUGCAUUACACGAGGUAUGGAAAAGUGAUGAUUGCACCACACACACUUGUCAAAGUGAUGGCAUAAAGACAACAGUAACCCAUUGUUACCUGCCACCUGCCCCUCACACUACCUGCCAGAAGCAUAUUCAACCAGGAGAGUGUUGUCCUCUGUGGAAAUGCAGUGGCUGUAUGGACACCUCUGGAGCCUACCAUCCUUUGUACGACGUCUGGAAGACUGAUGCCUGCACCACACAUGUUUGUACAAGCGGCGGCAUAAAAACUACAGUGAAGACUUGUGACCCAACUCCUGCUCCUCAUCACACCUGCCUCAAGGACUCUCCUCCAGGAGAGUGUUGCCCUCGCUGGAAGUGCAGUGGCUGUAGAGAUGCCAAUGGCACGUACCAUCAGUUGCACCAAGAGUGGUCCAAUGACAACUGUACCAAGCAUAAGUGUACAAGCGAUGGUAUAAAGACCACAGUAAAAGACUGUCGCUUGGGUCCUGCUCCUCACAUCAGUUGUCAAGAGCACACUCACCCAGGAGAGUGCUGUCCAAAGUGGAAAUGCAGCGGCUGUACGGAUGAUAAUGGGACGUAUCAUGCCCUGUAUGAUAUAUGGAGCAGCGACGCCUGCACCACACACGCCUGCACAAGCGAUGGAAUAAAGACCUCGGUGAAGAUCUGUGAUAUGGGACCUGCGCCUCACAGUAGCUGCCACCAGCACACUCCUACAGGGGAAUGUUGUCCUCGCUGGAAGUGCGGUGUGUGCGUGGACGACCAGGGGACCCAUCACGGGGAAGGAGAGAGCUGGCAGGAUCCUAGAGACCCCUGCAAGAUGUGCACUUGCACGCAGGGCAGUUUAUCUUGCUCUGUGAUGGACUGCGCCCCUCCACCUCCCUGGCCUUGUGAUCCACCAAGGCUCCCCGGGCAGUGCUGUCCAAACUAUUGUCCCAGCCCUGUGAGCACUUCAUCAUUCUUCCCAGUCAUCCUGGAUGGUUGUGUGGACGACAACGGCACUCGACGCAAGUAUGGAGAGAAGUGGACUCAUCCCUCGGACUCUUGCAGGGAGUUCCAGUGUGGCAGGAUGGGCAAAAUACAAAGAUUCAGAUAUUGUUAAGGCAAGAUUUAGAAUUCUACCUCGUUCUUGAAGCGAUUAACUUGAGCACUAGUCUAACCCGUUUCUUAAGUUACAUGAACAGAACCUCAAAUUGUGAAUAGAUUGCCUAAUCAUUGAACUAUAACGUUUAAGUAACUCUAAUGUCGGUGUAGUCUGGGCUGACUCGCCUUGCAUAUUUCUGAAACUUGAUAAAGUGCAGGUAUUGAAGAGCAAAAUGUAUUUUAAAUGUUGUAUAAUAAGUGGCAGAAGCUUUAACAUGUUGUAAAGUUAAAAACUCUGCUUUCAACAUUAACUAUUCUUUUCUAUGACUGGCAAGCGGCAGCAGUGGCCAAAAUUAUCCUCAAUGUAAAGUUUUAAGUUUAAUUAAAAUAUUUAUAUACACGU